UACUCAUUUUAGUGUAUUUCAAACAUCGGGAGAAUCUACAUUUCUUUGAGUGUUUUCCAACAAAAAUAUUUAGAUUUCCAAGCAAUACCAUACAAAUUCAUUGUUAAUUUUUAGCAACACCUAAAGCAAGGAACAAGAUCGAAUUAGGAAAGGCACAGUGCCGCAAACAAAGCGCAUCUCAGAUUCUCAGUAUGAAUCCCACCAAUUUGGGCAGGCAGAACGGAGCUCUGGUGCUGGAGGUGUUGAAGGUGCUCGGUCGUCCGGCGACCAGUUACGAGGUGGCCGAGCGGGUGUCCGACGUCUACCGGCUGCCGCUGCUCCCCAUCCGCCCGGUCGUAACCGACGUCCUCGAGGGCGGGUUGCGCCAGGGGUUCUUCAGCUGCUCCAACGGUCGAUACUCGGUGGUACAACCGGUUGUGGACCAACUUGGCCGGGACAUCGAUCAGUAUGCGGUCGAGAUCCUGGCGGGGCGCAGUGCCGCCGGAGCCUUGCCCCAAAUGUCGCCCCUAAUGCUCAAGCUGCAGCAGCUGGACGGAUCGCCGCCCAUGGUGUUCGUGGAUGGGUACCGCCGGACGGUCUCGGGGGAGCAACGCGAGCGGAUGCCCUCCGGUGAUGUGCCCCUGGACGCCCGUCUCCUGAUGUUGCCCGUCUCGCCCCUACUGUGAAAAUUCUCAAUUUUUAAAAUUGUUUCACCCAUUGCACAGAUUUGUGACUUGUGCAAAACAAAAUAUCUUCUGGCGUCCAAUAAACUCGAAGCAAAGCUGCGAAUUUGGACCAAGAA